UUUAAGGAUCACUAUUUAAACCAAGAAUGUCUACUAUGCUCACAAUGUUUAAACAAGAUGCUGAGAUGGUCAAUGUUGCAAAGAGAACCCCCACAGCUGCAAAGAUCGCUGAAAGAGCACUUGAGAAUUCCAACCUGAGACUCGAUAGGGACAUCACUGACUAUCUAUACAAAGUGAAACUCGCCUUGCUGAACUUUUUUAAUCAGUACAAAAGAUUGGAUUUUAACCUUAAGUAUUACUCGAACAAGAAGCUUAUUGGUAAGCUGCCUGAGGAUAGCUAUUUCAGGAUGAAGAAGUACAACUUUGUCAGCAUUGGAGGAUUCACUAAGUCUAAGGACCCCAAUGCUAAGAGGUUACUUCAGAAACUUCAUUCCAAUAUCUUCAAAGUUUUCUAUUUUGGACAUGAAUUUAAUCCUAUGGAGAUGAAGCCCUUCUCUUACUAUAAGAAGGAGGUGAUGAAGAUCCUUCCUAAGGUGAGCCUUGAGGUGUGCAUCUCAGGAUGUGUCAUUACCAAAAAGGACCUGUUGCACAUCAUUCAUAGCUCCUCUGAGUGCAAAGCACUAAAGUUCAAGAACUGCGUCAUCCAAUCUGGUGAGAUUAGUAUCAAAAAGUCUAUUAAGUUUAAAACUAACUUAGUUGAAUUUGAUAACUGCAAGAGUUCAUCAAAACAGGAAGAUUUUAUGGGUUCCUUACAUGUUCAGAACCUCUUGCAAGCUAUGCUGGAAUGCUCACUUGCACAGUCCUUGAUCUCCAUCAAGGUGAGCAACUGUGGUGCCACCAGGGAGGACUUCUUAAGCCAGGCUGAAGAACUCAACCAUAAUGGAGUCAAAAUUUAUGAUGGUAGCGACAAGUAA